CUGGCUUGAGCUUGGCUUGUUAGCUCAUUGAGCUCAGUUCAUGAGACACUUAUGGAGGAACUCAAGCCGGCUUGAUUGACUUGCACCACUAGUAUUGAAGUAAUAUUUUCAUGAUAUUAUGAUGAAUAUAAUUAUAAUAUCACUAUUUCACACAUAUAUUCUUCUAAUAUUCGCCCCCUAACACCAUGGUCCAUGGCUUCCUUACGGUUCUCCCAAAUCCUUUCAUGGCCUUUUGAUCCACUAGGCACAAUUCCCCCAUGGUCUCCAGUCGCAGACGCAUCCUUUUCCUACUCCUCACUCUUCCCCUCCGCCGCCGCCACAAGAACUCCGCCGCCGCCGCCCACAUCGCCACCGAGUUCCUCUACCCCAACUUCACCGCCUCCAGCAUAAACUUCAUCGAAAAAGGUGGCAUCUUCCUCACCUCCAUUUCCUCCACCUUCUCCGCCACACUCUCCUCGGAUUCCCCACAAUCCAACUUCAUCUUCUCCAUCCUCCACUCUCCCACCUCCACCCUCGUCUGGUCCGCAAACCGCGACAUUUCGGCGCCAUACACCGCUGUGCUCUCCCUCUCCACUGCCGGCCUCUCUAUUUCCCUCCCCAACGGCUCCAUCCUCUGGUCCACCCCUGUUCUUUCCCAACACGCGGCGGCCCUCCAACUCCUUGACACCGGCAACCUCCUCCUCCUCGACGCCGCCAAUUUCUCUCUGUGGCAAUCGUUCGAUCACCCUACCGACACUCUCCUCUCCCAUCAGCGCCUCCCGGCAGGCUCAACUCUCUCCACCUCCGCUGGCGAUUAUCGCCUCCUCAUUAACAUCGAAGACGCCGUUCUUCUCUGGUCUGAUGGAGAUCAACAGUACUGGCGCCUGUCGGCCGAUCCCCAAUGGGUGAAAGACAUCAAUGAUCCCAUCGCCUACAUGGCAGCUAAUGAGUCCGGGCCGGUGUAUCUCGUUGACCUCCCUGUAACGAAGCUUAAAUUCAUCAGACUGGAAUCCAACGGUCAGCUUCGCGUCAUGGGAUACAAUGGCAACGGUUCCGUUCUCUCUAAACAGCUCCUCGCUCCGCGCGGUGUCUGCGAUCUUCCGUUGUCCUGCGGUGAGUUGGACGUCUGCACGGUGACGAGCAUAGGUGCCACUUGCAACUGCCCUGCAUCGUUGACAGAGUUGCCUACCGGCGGUUGCUCGCCGGCCGAUAGUUUUACUUUAGCCUAUCCAUCCAAAUGCGCCGGCGAGAAGAACCAAUCUGAAGCAGCUUAUCUGAGCCUGGGAAGUCAAACGGAUUAUUUCGCCAAUAAAUUCGCGAGUCCGGCGAGCUCCGGAGGGAACCUGUCCUCGUGUCGUAAUCUCUGCUCGGUGAAUUGCUUCUGUUUGGGAUUUUUCUAUCGGGAUUCUUCAAACUCUUGCUUUUUAAUUAAAGACAAGAUCGGAUCAUUUAUUAGCACGAGAGAUCACGGUUUUGUCGACGAUGGAGAAGGAUACAUCAAAAUUCUAGCUUCGACACAACCGCAGCAUGAUUCCAGCAAAAACUCCAAUCUUUUCCCGAUCCUCCUGCCAUCCAUCGCCGGCAUACUCUUCCUAGUUAUUCUCCUCGCAGGAUUCUAUUGUUUGCGCCGCCACCAUCAACGGAGCCGCAACAAUAACUCAGGCCCUCUGAAGGAGAUUUAUGCAGGCGGCCAGAAUAAUCCCUGGUCACAGCUCACUGAUAACCAUAGCUCCACCGAAGAUAUCUUAAACUCCGACGAAAUCUCCAUCCCAGGGCUCCCGCACCGAUUCACCUACACCGAACUCGUCGCCGCGACUAACAACUUCUCCACAAAAAUAGGCUCCGGCGGCUUCGGCGAAGUAUUUCUUGGCGAACUCCCUGAUAAAACCACGGUGGCCGUGAAGCGCAUCAGCGCCGGCGACGCCGGCAGCCUCCACGGAAAAAAGGAAUUUUGCAUGGAGAUCGCCGUCAUCGGCAGCAUCCACCACAUAAACCUGGUCCGCCUCCACGGCUUCAGCGCAGAGGGGCGCCGCCGCCGCCUGCUAGUCUACGAAUACAUGAACCGCGGCUCACUCGACCGUUCUCUUUUUCGCCCUGGCUGUCCUGUUCUCGAGUGGCAGGAGAGAAUGGACAUCGCCAUCGGUGCGGCGCGAGGGCUCGCUUACCUCCACUCGGGCUGCGACCGCAAGAUCGUUCAUUGCGACGUGAAGCCGGAGAACAUCCUCCUCCACGGCAUCACCGGCGUCAAGAUCUCCGAUUUCGGCCUCGCGAAAUUCAUGAACCCUGAACAAUCAGGACUCUUCACGACGAUGAGGGGAACCAGAGGGUACCUUGCGCCGGAAUGGCUGGCCAAUGCGGCCAUAUCGGAUCGAGCUGAUGUCUACAGUUACGGGAUGGUGCUUCUGGAGAUUAUUCGAGGGAAGAAGAACUUCUCGGUGGAGGGCAGAGGAAGCGAGGGAUGGUCAAGCAAAAACUCCGUCGAAGGAGAGAUGGUGUGUUUUCCGUUGGUGGCACUGGAGAUGCACGAGAAAGGGAAGUAUUUGGAGCUUGCGGAUGAGAGGUUGGAGAAGAGGGUGAGGGAGGAGGAAGUGGAGAGGGCGGUGAGAGUGGCGCUGUGUUGCUUGCAUGAGGAGCCAGCUCUGCGGCCAUCGAUGACUGCGGUGGCGGCGAUGCUUGAUGGAAGCAGGGAGGUGGCGCAGCCGAGGCCGGAGGCACUUGCUUUUCUCCGGCUGCUUUACGGGAGGGGAUUUGGUGGUCAGGGUAGUGAAGGCGGGAAUAUGAACGGUUGGGAGGGAGAUGUGAAAGGGCUUUCUUGUCCUCACGUAGGACUGUAAACGAGCCGGGCUUGAGCGAGCUCAUGCUUGGCUAGUGUUCGGCUCGUUCGAAAUAGCUCGUGUUCAAAAUCGGCUCGU